GACGCUUCUGUGAGCCCUGCAAAACUUCUAAGCCAUGCGGGAAAGAAGAAAUCCAAGAUGGCGGCGGCACUGGGCUCUGCGCAACACAAGGUCUGACAUUGCCACAGCCUAUCUCAGCAGGCCCUAACACCAAGGGACCAGACACCCUGAGAGCCAUAUUUGACAGCUUCUGGGCCAUGCUGCUCAACCGAGCAAGGCGAGCAGCGGACAUACGGGAACUAGACAAGGGAGACCGAGCACGCAACGAGGAAUGGCCUUGGAAGCCUCCUACGAGCCGACAGAUACCCCGCACUAACCCGACUACACUAAAGCAACGAAAGCUACGGAAACUACACUAUCGGCUAAGACAUGCUGGACAGACCGGUAAACCCGGAGGGCAUAGGAGAAAGACCGAGGGACGUGAGGAGCUGGGGCCAUGCUUAUACAAUCCACCACUUCACGGGACAUUGUAG